AACGACACAAGAGCAAAUCAAGCAUCACGCUGCUAUAUUCUCCCAGACGGGGUAACUUUUCCGUCGCACGUCCCCUGGCAACUGCCCAGGAGUCCACUGGCUGGGCGCCAAUACCAAUGUACCAUAGGCAUGGAUCCUCCAGAUGUCAGGCUGAGCAUACCAUACCUUGAACGCCACGUCUGAGGAUCAGUGACCUUUUAUCUGGAUUCACACCCGUUACAGUGCUCAGUAUAUGCACAAAUUCAACUAGUCUACUUAUCACCAUAAAUCAUCAAGAUGAAGGCCGGCCAGUGGGAUCCGAAAUCGAAAAAGGUUGUCAUUAACGACAUACCAAAGCCCACGCCUAACGACAACCAAUUCCUUGUCAAAAUCCAAUCCGCCUCGCUAUGCCACUCAGACCUGCACAUGGAUAUGCGGCCGGACUACCCCGCGACGCUCGGCCACGAAGGUGUCGGCCACAUCGAAUCGAUCGGCAAGAACGCUGAGGGCAAGGGCUUCAAGGUCGGCGACGCCAUCGGCACCAACUACUUCAUAGAUUGCUGUUUCGAAUGCGAGGGCUGCUUGGUGCACAACCUGCGGUGCGAGACGGGCAAGUCGAAACUGCAGGGCUUCGUAGUCGACGGCUUUUUCGCCGAGUAUGCGGUCGUGGACUGGCAGAGUGCCGUGCUACUGCCUAAGGAGCUAGACAUCUCGAAGGCGGCGCCGCUGUUUUGCGCGGGGAUCACGAGCUUUCACUCUGUGGAUAGCUGCGAGUUGAAGGAGGGGCAGUGGUUUGCGGUUAUUGGGUGUGGCGGGCUGGGACAGUAUGCAAUUCAGUAUGCGAAGGCGAUGGGCUACAAGGUGAUUGGCCUCGACAUCAACGACUCGCAGCUGGAGAUGGCGAAGAAAGUCGGCGCCGACGCCGUCUUCAACUCUAUGACUAACAAGAACUACGUCGAGGAGGUAAAGAAGCUCGCGGAUGGGAAAGGGUGCCACGCUGCAGCUGUCUACUCCGCGAGCAACGCUGCGUACGCAGGCGCACCUGAGGUUCUCCGUGUAGGAGGUCUUAUCAUGGUCAUUGGCAUUGCGCCUAAGCCGCUGGACUUCAUCACUACAUUCGACUUGACGACUGGGAGAUACCGAAUUAAAGCGGACAGCACGAGCAUCCCGCAGCGGAUGAAGAAGGCUGUUGAGUUCACGGCGAAGCACAACAUCCAACCCGACGUUGAAUUCAAUAAGAUCGAGGAUCUGCCGCGGAUGGUAGAAGACAUGGAGAAGGGCAAGGCGGACAAGCGGCAGGUUGUGAUCUUCUGAUCGCAACGUUUGAUUAUAUCUUUCCGUCGUGAGAUGACGUAGCGUAUUGCGUGUCUCCUCAGAC